AUGCCCUCGCCCGGCGUCGCGCAUCGGCCUUCCAACCGAGGAAGUGCAAGCAGCCCCUCACCUAAGCCGAAGCGCCUUGACCUAGGCGAGCCUUUAGGCCCGUACGACAACAACACAGUCAGAGAAAAGGUACGGAAAUGGCAGCAACAAGGCGGUGGAGUCGUCAUUGCUCAGGAUGUCGGAGCGAGCGACGAUGAUAUUGACAAAGGCAGUAAAGAGAGCGACAAAAAGAAACAGCACCGGGGCAAAGAUGACUCCAGAAAGGCAGGAGAACAGAACUCAGAAGGAGAAAAGAAACCAAAAGCCGAGGGUAGGGCACGGCCAAAGAAGCGAGUAGUGAGCGAUGCGCACUGGAGAAAAGACAGAACCCCUCCGGAGUCGCCCUCCCCCACCAAGUCAACGUCUCGAAAAUACCGUGAGUCGCCGAAGAAACAAGAUCAAAAGAGAAAGCAAUCCGAAGAAAAGAAGGAAACAUCUACUCGAGAGCCAAAGAGAUAUACAGUUGUUCAGACUAAUGAUGGUAUGAAGGUCUACCCUGGGCCACUGAAGAAUUCCAAAUCACCCCAGGCCGCACGACGCUCGGACGCUUCUGGGCGUGGUACCCCUUCUCCAAACAGCAAGGAAAAGCGUUAUAGUACGUCUGCGAGAAGAGAAGUAAGGGCGAAAUAUGUUGUAAAUGAUUUUCCUUACAAGAGCGAUGCGUCCAGAGCUCAUGAAUCCAGCGACGGGGCCAGCUUUUCGGGAAAGGAAAACCGCAUGGCCACCCCAGAGUCCAAGACUCCUACUCGCACUACAAAACUACAAAAUCGAUGGUCUAUCGACCCGACACUUGGAGAACAGAAGAAAAAAAACCCUAAACUUGUAUUACCUCCUGGCCAACAGUCUCAUGGGUCAAAAGUAGAAGCUUGGCUUUCGAAAACCAGUGAUCCUUUUGUCGACGAUGAGCCUCCUAUGGAAACCCCUUCCCCCCUGAAGUCAUCCAACGACCGAAGAAGUGGUUUAACCACUGGACAAAAUUCCGAUAGCAUGGGAUCCCAAUCCGCAGUAGAAGAGUAUCAUGCAGCCCCCAAACGUCGAUCAAGAACCUCAAACAAGUUUCAAGAAGAUUCUGGUAAAGUUGAUAACAACUUCCCGAAGGGUUCAUUUUCAGAGCGCGAAAAUGACUCCAACAUACCAGUUUCAAAGUCUUCUCCGAAAAUAUCGAGCAUGGGUAAACAUCCGAAAUGUACAGAAGACCGCAAAAUGUCAAUGCUAUGUGAAUCAGUUGAGGAAGCUAUUCAGGCGUCUUGCUUAGACCGACCGGUUUCUUCAGACGGAUCUGAGGUUUCUCUGGCAGAACGGCCCCCGCCUCUUACUCUUAGGAGGCCAUUUCCUGGGACAGGGGUGCACAUACUGUCCACAAUCGCCUCAGUUGACACAUUAGCUUCUACGGUAGAGUCUGAAAGAAGUCCAAUGAAACGCCAGAAAUCAACGACGGGUGCAUUGGAACAAGAUGAUGUAUCAGAGUCCGAGGCUAGAGAUCAAUUUGACCCGUACUCUUUGCCAGGGCCUUCGCGCAAUACUUUGAAACGCAGGCUUACUACCCAUUCAGAUUUAAUGUCAGUUUUAUCUCUCCCAACUGGCAGUAACCGAAGCAUCCGAUCUGCAAGAAGCAUCCGCACAAACCGAAGCCGUCUUGCCACCGCUACUGUGGGAGAUAUCAUGCGAGAAUUUGCGUCUGAUGAGAUCAAGUAUAUGCGGGAACUCCGGACAUUAGUUGGCGGUGUUAUUCCGGUAUUAUUGACAUCGGUGCUUUCGAAGACUGAUUCCGCUGUUGCUGCUGGUCUUUUUCGUCCAAGUGCCAAGGCUGAUGAGGAUAACUUUACAAGGCCAAUUGUCAACAUGGGAAUAUCUCUUGAAAAGCUGAAGUCUUCUCAUAAGCGAGCCCCAUUGAAAGACCCUGAUGCCCUUCUAACCUGGGCUCAAGGAGUGCACAAAGUAUACGCAGAUUAUCUGGCGGCUUGGCGGCUUGGAUUUCAAGAUGUUGUCGUGAACCUCGCUCCGCCUGACCCGGAUGAUUCUAGUAAAGGCCCAAAUUCAGAUGUUCAGAGCCUUUAUGCAGGUAUGUCACAGGAUGAAAAUGGAGAUGUAGUUGAUGGUGAUGGUGAAAGGGUGGAUGUGGCCUUUUUACUCAAACGGCCCCUAGUAAGAAUGAAAUAUCUUGCGAAAACUUUCAAAGGCCUCAACUAUUUGCAGCCUUCUCCAAAGGCUGUGGAAAUAGAGAAAAAAUACCAAUCGCUUGUUACCGAUGCGCGACGAAGAGCAAACGAAGAGCGGGCAAGACUUGAAGAUGAAGCUGCAAACAGCGUUGAUGUGACUCGGGCCCGUGAUAUCCACACCUUAACUAUUUUGACGAAUAUCAAUGUCAACCAGAGCAGAAGGGUCCGGGCUCGAGACUUUUUUGACCUUUCAUUCCUUCACUCGACGGGCCAACAAAUAGACUGCCGUGCUGAGCUACUAUUUCGAGACAAUGCAACAAACAGCGGACCUGGCGGUGACCUCUUUGUAUGUGAAGUCGAUAAUGCAGGACGGUGGCUUUUAUUUCCUCCUAUUGAUCAUGGCCGGCUUUCUGCAAGAAAUGGGGAUGGCAAAGGGGAGAUUGUCAUCAUGGUACGAGGGGUGCCUGAAGAAGGCGGUAACUGGCACGAACUCUUGACUUUGAGAACAGAAGAUGAACAUAUUGGUUCCGAAUGGGUGCAAAUUCUUGGAUUAAGCCCUGUUCCCCCAAAAAUCAACAGGUCAUUGAGCUUUGUGAACCGUGCUAAACAGAAAAAACCAGCAGUUUCCAUUGAUAUCAAACGUUCAGAAUCUGUGCUAUCGGCUGGUUGCAUUGUCCCUAGCCCCACUGAUAUUGGUGUUCCUGUUGGUGAGAACGGGCCAGUGAGCAUAGAUGAAGGCACGGCAUGUGGUAUCGAUUGCACAAUGUCUCGUGAUCCAGUUUCUUUUGAACCCUCGAAAGUUGCUAUUGAUUCCGCCACAAUUCAAACUCAAGAUGUAGGUCCUCGCACACCACGGACCUUAAACGAAGCUAUGGAAAUGGCGGGAGGUACAUCACCAACUACCCUAAAAAGGUCAAAAGCAAAAAGGCGAUCAAAAUAUGAGCCUCUGUCUCCUAUCCCCUCUUUGGAAGAUAUUCAAACUCCUGAAAGGGAGGCAGCAGCAUCUGGCACAACGGAGCCGAAAUCCCACCCUAGAGAACCAGAAUUGGCCAGAUCAGUUUCUCCGGAGUUCACGGAUAUAAAGACAUUCAAAUAUUCUGAAAAGAGUGGCAAAAAGCCUAUCGCGGAGGUUACAAGGCCUUUAAGCAGACGCUCACUGUCACCUGUGCCAUCGUUGGAGCUUCCCUCAAUACCCAAACUCAGGAAGGGGGCACCAAAACUUACUUCACCGUCAUCCAACUCCCCUAUUGCGGAGCCUGUAUCACCUUCACCUAAGACCAAGCUACAAAAGCAGCGCAAACAGGAAACUCAACAGCCCUUUAUACGAAGCGAGUCCAACGAUCAACUGAUUUUCACAGAAGAUGUUCCUGUGCCUCCACCGCAUAGGUCUCCUAGUCCUUCGAGAUCAGAUCCAUCCUCGCCCUCAAAUGCCACACCCACGUUUUCUCCUUGGGCUCGCCAUAGAAGAACAUCGUCUCCAUUGAAGCAUGAAUAUGAACCAUCCACAGCCACUGAGUCUACCGUGUCUGAGACGUCAACUGUGGAACAUCAUUCUAUUUAUUCGUCCUCAGAUACUUCCGACGAGGAAUUAGAAGAUAAAGAUGUUUCAAGGCAGGCAUCGCCAGUGAGUCGAACUAACAUGCAAAUACCACCAUCUUCCCUAAAUAUUCCCGAGGAAACAUUAGCCCCAUCCAACUCUGCAUCACAAGCCCCCUAUAAAACUGUACCCUCCCAACCCUCAAAGGCAUCAAAAGCAAUUGCAUCGAUUUAUUUCUGGGAUGAUAGUGGCUCUUGGAAGGCGUUGCAUGCCGAAGAAUGCAACGUCGUUGUUACUCCCGGUCUCAUAGAAGCUUACGAAAUUAGCCCUGCCCAUGGUCAACAAACCCUGGAGCCGAGCGCAGAUUCUUGCACGUCGGAUAAGAGUUCUCCGCUAGGCAGGCCACUCAUAGCCCUUGAACUGACACCUCUUGUACCAAUUCGGAGAGGAACGGCAUUAGAUAUCAGCAUUCGGUCACCCCCAACCUCUAACUCGAAACUAGUGUAUGCUGGUAGUAACAUUAUGUUUCGCUCAAGAAGCCCUGAUGAAUGUGAUACACUCUAUGGCUUUAUCAAUCAUUCGCGUAUUAACAACCCAACUUAUGUCGCUCUACAAAAUGCGCGUGGGCCUUAUUCCAAUCAGCCGACGUCUCUCGCGCGGUAUAACUCUACACGGUCCACCAAGGGAAGCAGCUGGUUUGGCUGGUAUGGCGGCUUGUCCAAAAACAGCUACCGUGCCUCGAGCGCACCCCCAGCUUCCGUCGCCGGAGUCACUGACAGUAGUGUGGGGACCAUGGCCAGUGCCUUUUCUGCAAUUAAGAGAUUUGGUGCAGGCAGCAAGAUGUUCAGCAUUGCCAAGUCCACUCUGACAUCACGCACUGGUAGCCGAGGCGGAAGCAUGCAUUCUAUGUCUACUCGGUCUGGGUCUGUUUUUAAUUCUAAUGGAAAAAGCCAGGAGGUAUCUAAAUCCGGUAUGGGUGGAAUUGGCUUGAAGAGUGCAAAGAUAAGGCUUUAUUGUCGAGAAUCUGCAUCCAAAUGGCGUGAUAUGGGUGCUGCGAGGUUGACUAUCCUCCCUGUGUCCCCGUCCUCUUCACGACCUGGAACGUCGUCAAAUAGUGUUCAGAAUUCCGCUUCGGCGACCGAGAAUGAAGCCCCUGUGGAUACACCCAUUACACGCCAGUUACAGAAACGAAUUCUUAUUCAUGGCAAAGCCCAUGGCCAAGUGCUAGUUGAUGCUUGCUUGGGUGAGAGCUGUUUUGAGCGUGUUGCUCGAACAGGAAUAGCUGUCUCUGUAUGGGAAGAAUUCCAGGGGGUUGCUAAGGAAGGUGGUGUCGUGGGAGGAAGCUUUAAGGUUUAUAUGAUUCAGAUGAAGAGCGAAGCGGAAACUGCUUAUACAUUUGGUUUGGUGGGGAAAUUGAGAUACUAA